AAAACCAAAAAAGGAAAAAAAAUCCAGAUUCUUCCAGUGUAAGCUAACAAAAUUGGAAUUCAUCUUGAGAUUUUGAUUUGAUUUAGGGUUCAUCAUAAUUUUGUAUGUCUUCGGAGAAGAAGAGAUCGCGGAGUAGACGCAGUUCAGUAGCGGAAACUCUAGCAAAGUGGAAAGAAAUCAACAGUCAAUUAGUAUCAUCUUCUGGUUCAGGAGGAUUGAAGAUUAAUGGCGGAGGAAAUACAACGACGACGAGAGGUGUUGUACGGAGAGUACCAGCAAAAGGAUCAAAGAAAGGAUGUAUGAGAGGAAAAGGAGGACCGGAGAAUUCACUGAGCAAUUACAGAGGUGUACGGCAGCGGACAUGGGGGAAAUGGGUGGCGGAAAUCAGAGAACCUAAUCGUGGGAAUCGGCUGUGGCUAGGUACAUUUGCUACUUCAAAAGAAGCUGCAAUUGCGUACGAUGAUGCUGCUAAAGCUAUGUAUGGGGAAAAUGCGAGGUUGAAUUUUGCAGGAUCUGGUGAUGAGGAUGAGGAGGAGGAGGGAGAGUUGUAUAAGGAUUCUUCGUAUACGACUACGACGACGGGGACUGGGACGAGUGCGGCGACGGCGACGUCGGAGGAGUCGACUACUACGACGUCGAAUCAGCAACCGGAGGAUGGUGCUGAGGAAUGUAAAGUCAAGGUUGAGGGUUUGACGAUUGAUCACAAUGAAAGUGGAAUUAAACAGAGGAAAGAUGGAAUUGGGGAUGCAAAUGUGUAUGAUGAGGCGUCGCCGUCGACGACGGUUGUUAGAGUGAAGGAGGAGGUGGUGGAUUUUGAUUAUGAAGAUGGAGAUAGAGAGGAGAAGAAGCUUAAAGAAAUGAAAGUGGAGCCGAAUUUUGAAUUGAAGCAUGAGAACAGUAAUCCGUUGGUCUACCUCCAUGAUUUUCCAAUGGAGGAAAUGUUUGAUGUGGAUGAGUUUCUCAGGUCGAUUGAUGCCGAUUACGAAGACUUGAACGGUGAAGACAACAACAAGAAGCCCCUUGGUGGUGGAACUGAGUCUAGCAAUGGUGGUGCAAGACAUAGUGUGCAGCUAUUGGGAUGUGGUGGAAGUAGUACAGCUGAUUUCAGCUAUCAGAUGCAAAAUCCGGAUGCGAAGCUGCUUGGGAGCUUGCACCAUAUGGAGCAAACGCCUACUUGUGUUGAUUAUAGUUUUGAUUUCUUGAAGCAGACGCCGAUUAAGCAAGAGGACAUCAACUUUGGCUACUUGUUGAAUGAUGAGGAACAAGGAAUGCUCGAGACAGGGUUCCCUGACUUGGGAGGCUUCUAAGGUUGUUGUUUUUUCACUCGAAUUCAAUUUUGAUUUUGUUGUUCUACUGCUGGUAGUUCUUGAUAGCUAGUAUAAGCGGCGUCCGGAUCAUUAGAGAACAUCUUUUUUACCAAUCUCUCUAAUCCGUGGCGAAAUUCGUUCGUUUGUUUCAUUCUUGUACAUAUGGUUAGUCUGGAAUCAUCUCUGGAUGAGGGACGGCCGGAUAGGAGGAACUCUCUCUUAACCGUAGUAGUAUGUUUAGGGAUAAUAAGACCCAAUAUGGUUGUAAUAGCUAGGAGUUGGCUAGAGCUUGAAAUAUAUCUGUAUGUACAAAAUGUUAAUAAUCUUAAGACGGGUCGUCGUUUGCUUCUA